UAUGUUCAAAAAAAUGGAUAUACCUAUUACUGCAGAGAAGGUCAGAACAAGUGGCCAGCGGCUCACAGGCGAUUGUGGCCCAUUGAAAAGACUGGCUGACAAAGAGGGCAUGGCUGGUGCUAUAUUUCACGGAGUUGGAGAAGGAAGAAUCUGUUUCAUGGAAGCUGCCGCUAUUGCAAAAAGAAAGGACCUUGAAGUUAAGCCCCUCACCAAAGAAGAAGUGUUUGAGGUAGCUGGCCCUUGGUUCGGGAUGAUCAUUGUUGUUGAUAAUCAUGUCUCUAAUAAGUUCACGAUAGAAACUCUUGGCUGGAAACCCAUCGGUCCUAUUCUGAUUAUGCACAUUACGAAGAAUCAUUGGAAGGGAUAGUUUCGCAGGUUCUCGUGUUUGUUUUAUAUCAGCCACUUCCUGCAAGCUUGCAAGUAUUUCUGGGCUUGUAGACGCAGAUAUCCUCUAAGCUAAGCUUGUUCGGAAAAAAAAAUGAAU